AUGUAUUCUAAAAAUAAAUUUGUUUUCGUUGCAGAAUUUGUUGAUAGCCAUAUUGCAAAGCAGCAAAACGACCAAAAAUAUAAAGCUCGAAGUUUUAAAAGUCGGGAGCACGAAGAAAAUCUAAAUGUGCAGAUAUGUCUAAGUACUAUAGAUGGAUUUGGAGCACCAGAACCCUGUUUGCUGGAAGACAUGGGAUUUACCCAAGAAGAUAUCGAACCAUUUGGCUUUGAUCAAGAAAAGGUGAGUGUAGUACGGUUUGCACAAAUUAUUGAGACAUCUUCAUCAAAUAUGAGCAAUUGCAAUCUUUCAAUUUUGUCCUGUAGUGGUGGUAUUUCAGCCUCGAGAAGUAUAUGUGUGGCACACACAAACCAAACAAGGGUCGUAUGCCGUGAAUGA